AAAAAAAAAACAGUUGGAACACCACUUGAUUUAUUUAAUUAUUUACAUGUAUGUGAGUUACUGUGUGACUAAGAUCGUUAAGAGUUUGCACAAUAGACUGUAUGUUAAACGUGUUAAGGGGUGUAUUAUGGAACUUGCUUCAUACGCAAUUUCACUAAUCGUAAUGUAAACGAUUUAACACGUCAUAAACUACAUGCUUUAGAAUGAACGAUUUCUGGUGCGGUUCAGUUAAGCUGAUUCACCCCUAGGCGUCGUUAAAGUUUUAGGAGUCUAACUGGUCUAACCCAUAUAAGGACUGAAUCCCAAUUAUUCACCUAUUCCCAAUAUUAAGGCACUACAUGGCCUAUAAAUUCGAUAGCUUCUCCAUCAUAUGUGCAGCACAUAUCUAUAUGUCUAAUAAUGGCGGCUGAUCAGGUAAUGUAUGGUUAUAUUGAUAUGCCGUGACGACAUCUAUGCUACGUCGGCUUUAGUAAUUAAUUUUCUCACGUGUGUGUGUGUAUAGCCUAUAUAAUAUAUAUUUAUCUUAAAGCCAUUUAGGGUGGUUUCAGAUACUAUAGGAUAGCAUGUAUCCUAAUUAAGACGUUUUAAAUAUCAUUGUUUAUUGCUAUUUCAGUUAGUAUAUUUUUUCCAAAUGAACCAGCCUAAACAGCAUUGUAUGUAUGUUUGAUAUUUUAAUAAGAAAUAGAGAUACGUUGUGUUUUGGUAAUUAGGAGCCUUUAUGAAAUACCUGUCCUGCCACAAUACCCGAAUCUACUCUGUCCAUGGUGCUGUAGAUUAAUAUUCGUUUUCUAUCGAAUGAAAGAUGGUAACCUGUCUAUGGACUCAUAUCUUUAUUAUUUAUGGCACCGUUAGGCUAUCGAUCAAAUAUUUGUUCGGGCUACAAAUUCGUUACACAUCCUAAAAUUAUGUAGAUCAUUCCGAAACAUAAACCGCAGGACCCAGACAAGUAAACAGCCCAAAAGGAUGAAUCAGAAUAGGCUUUAUUAAAACAUUAUUGAUUAUUUUUUACUGAGACAUUGUCAGAUCAGCUAUAACUACUGAAAAUUAUUAAUAUAAUAUAAACAUUGCAUAUUAAUAUAGAGCGUUUAGCUUUUAUAUUGGUAUCCAAUUAUGCAUGGAUUUUUGGAUUUAUUCAUAUAAUAAUAAUAUCAUUUGUAAAUGUUAAUUGAUUUAUUUAACAUUGGUAUGCUCCAAAGAACAACUGGUGCUUCCGGACUAUCAUUCCUCACUCCUCUUAGCCUGUAACUUUCCCACUUUAUACAAUAUAAGGUCCAUGGCCUACAAGACGGAGGUGUCACAUGGAAGUUGUCACUUUAUUCUUUCGAUAUAAAUAUUUGUCCCCCUGCACAUUUCUCUAUAACCAAUCAAGCCUUCCGAUAAACCAUAUAUCCAUCACUACAAGUCUGGAUUGAAUAUUAACCUUGUGGGAGAAUUUGAGCUUAAAUAAGUAUGGGUAAAUCAUGUCUCAGUCGAAGAGGCUGAUUCUCAGGAUUAUAAAUCUUAAUUGUGUAAAACGUUUAUUUUUACUUUUUUACUGUCGAAAAUAUUGGUAAUUCUUGAGCACUGAUUUUGAUCUAAAAUGAUUGAUUGAGCAUAACGGUCGUGUGUUGUUUAAAAUAAUAAUAAUAAUAAAAACACCGGCAAUUAGGCUACUAAAUAAAUAGUCCUUUGUUUCAAGUGAGGGGGGAAAAACCUGAAUAAGCUAAUUCGAAAUUAAAACACGAAGAUGUAGUCUAUAAUUCUACCUGUACAGCCUGCUUGGGUCAUGUCCUAUUAUUUAGAAAAAUAGAUCUCAAAUGAACUUGGCUGAUUUUGUUCAUUUAAAAAAAAAAAAAAGUUUAUACGUAUUUAAUAACGGGUGGCAGCUCUUUUAAUGUGCAAAUUUAAAGCGGUGACAGCGAGCGCCAAUGAAAACAGACUCCUAAAUUCAGUCCGGCACUUUUUCCGUCUGUGACAGUCAUUACGUCACUGUCGGAUUUAGCCAAUCACAGCGGGGUACGAGCCCUUCUACUUUCCAAGUGACACGCUCAAAGUUUGGACUUUUUCAGCAAAAGGACAGCAGGUCGAUGAAAAUGUUUUAUUAUCUUCCAGGUCUUCAUAUGUGAACUACCAAGAAAGACUGCCAUUUUAUUUAUAGAAGAUUUCAAAACAACACUGAAUAGCAGCCUAUAGCUGUCGCGGCUCUGUCGCUCUCUCGCUCGCUCUCUCUCUCUCGCUCUCUCUCUCUCUCUGUCUCUCUCUCUCUUUCUGUCUUCCUCUUUAUUCAAAGAGAAUGCCAAAGCUUGAACAUUUGCAAUGUUUUUGAACUCAGCGACUGGAUUUCGCCUGGGAGGAGAUGGCUAUAACGCGGCAGUUUGAUUAAUUCGGAAUUUUAAACGCGAAAAAAAAUAAUAAUUCAGCACUAAGCCUUUUUUUUUUUUUUUUUUUUGUUAAUGCAAUGCUUUUUAUGCGCGGUUUUACAAUUUCGUGCGCUUUGUUGCAGAAUAACCUGCUCUUUUUGACCUGUGGGCGCUUUUACACACAGUAAAUAACCUCAAUUAUUCUUUCUUUUGAACAAAUCACAGUUUUUACAACUCUCCGCGUAAUUGCACAUUUUGAGACGUUUUGAGCUGUGGUUGCUCGGUUAUGUUAGCUGUGGGGCAAAUGGACGGACCUCGUCAGGGAGCCUUCCUCCUCAACACCUCGCCUUUAUCCGCUCUGCACAGCAUGACCGAAAUGAAGACGCCUCUGUACCCGGCUUACCCGUUACCGUCUACCGGCCCGGCGUCGUCUACCUCCCCGACCUCGACCUCUCCCAACCCGGGCGGGGUCCCGGUGUCUUCCCCGGGGAUCAAAACGUCAACGGCUGGACUCUCAACUCUCGCAUCCCAGCAGUGCUUGGCCUCGGCCACCCCACAUGGGAUAAACGACAUCCUCAGUCGGCCGUCGGUGGUCGCCUCUGGAGCAACUUCCGCUCCAGCCGGUCUGCUGUCUGGUCUGCCCCGCUUCAGCAGCCUGAGUCCACCUCCUCCUCCAGGGCUUUAUUUCAGCCCGAGCGCAGCUGCCGUAGCCGUGGCCCGCUACCCCAAACCGCUGGCCGAGCUGCCCGGCAGGACCCCUAUAUUCUGGCCGGGAGUGGUGCAAAGCCCGCACUGGAGAGAUGCCAGAUUUGCGUGUUCGCCUCAUCAGAACUCAGUGCUGUUGGAUAAGGACGGGAAGAGGAAACACACAAGACCUACGUUUUCCGGUCAGCAAAUUUUCGCUCUGGAAAAGACUUUUGAACAGACCAAGUAUUUAGCAGGACCGGAGAGAGCGCGUCUGGCCUACUCCCUGGGCAUGACAGAGAGCCAAGUGAAGGUGUGGUUUCAAAACCGGAGAACGAAGUGGCGGAAGCGGCACGCGGCUGAGAUGGCUUCGGCCAAGAAGAAACAAGACUCGGAGACAGAGCGGCUGAAAGGCGCGUCGGAAAACGAAGACGACGACGACGAUUACAACAAGCCUUUAGAUCCAAACUCGGACGACGAGAAAAUCACGCAGCUGCUGAAGAAACACAAACCGAACCCCGGGCUCAUAAUGCACGGAGGGGACACCGACAGCUCGUAAAUCUCCCCGCAGGAGGAGCUGUGUUGACUCUCCAGUGCAGAAUCAGAAAAAUGACUGCGUGUUUUCAUUCAGUUGUGAAAUGUCUGUGAGUGGAUGCAAAAAAAUCUCAUGCACUGCCCGAGGAACUGAGCGCAUCACACACUGCAAGCGGACCUUUAUGUAAAACAGCAGCGUGAGUUGUAUUGAAUAGAAAUUAUAUUACUGUGAAUAUUUAUGUGUAAAAUAUCUUUUUGUAUAGUAAACGCAAUAGGCUCUUUUUUCUAAUCUCGAUUAUGUUCUGUUUGCAUCCUCACACCGGAAUAAGCGCAUCUCAUUUUCAUUUUAACACUUGUUUUUCUUUCUUUUUCUUUCUUUCGUUCUUCCCAAAUAGCAUUUCUAUUUAAAAACCAAUGUAGGCUUAUUUCUGCCGUCAGGGCCAAGAACACCUGACGUUCAGUUUUGCAAUUUAAGUUUGCUUAAGUUUUAAGUGUAAAUAAUCAACACGGUUUAACAGUGAAACUAUAUUUGUAAAAUAUCCCCUAGUGUUCGUCUCACAAUAAUAGGAUGUUCCCUUUUCCCUUUUCACACUUAAUUUAUAAAAUUUUACGUUUGUAACGGUGUUGGAUGCGGGAAAUGCGCUUUGCAUAUACAUGUGAUAUUGCACUUUUAUUUAAUAAAAAAAAAAAGUG